CCCCCGCGCAGUACGCAAAAGAGGCGGAGCCACUAGCUGGGCUGGGAUCCGGAAGUCCGGGCGGAGCCUAGCUGCGCGGUCGUCGUCAGGCAGCGUUGUGCUUCCAGCAGCUCUCGGAGGUCCCUGCCGGAAGUGUAGGAAGAAAGUGGCAGAUUUGAACGUUUCUCUUGGCAAGCUUGUCUGAUCAUCAUGAUGAAGCUUAGACACAAAAACAAAAAACCAGGUAAAGGUUCCAAAGGCUGUAAGAAGCCUGCAAGGCAGAAUGGGAAGAAAGUAACAUCCAGACCAUCAUCUGCUCCCCAGUUGGUUCAUGGCAAUGAUCACGCCAGUCGGGAGGCUGAGUUAAAGAAGAAAAGGGUGAGCCUUUUGUCUUUGGGGAGCAAUGCCUGGUCUGAAUAUGUGAUCUGCAUAAGUGUUGGGCCGAAGGGCAGAGCUUCUGAGGAAGUUUUGCAGGAAUUAAAUAUGUUUCCUCAGUUGGAUGAUGAGGCUACACGGAAGGCCUAUUACAAGGAGUUUCGUAAGGUAGUAGAGUACUCUGAUGUGAUUCUGGAAGUCUUGGAUGCCAGAGACCCAUUGGGCUGCCGCUGUUUCCAGAUGGAGGAGACUGUCCUUCGAGCAGAAGGCAACAAGAAGCUGGUCUUGGUCUUGAAUAAGAUUGACCUGGUUCCCAAGGAGAUUGUGGAAAAAUGGCUGGAGUACCUUCAGAAUGAGUUGCCAACCGUGGCUUUCAAAGCCAGCACCCAGCAUCAGAUCAAAUUGACUCGGUGUAAAGUUCCAGUGGACCAGGCUUCUGAGUCACUGUUGAAAAGCAAAGCCUGUUUUGGAGCUGAAAACCUCAUGAGGGUCCUGGGGAACUAUUGCCGCCUGGGGGAAGUGCGUACCCACAUUCGAGUGGGGGUUGUCGGCCUUCCCAAUGUGGGAAAGAGCAGUCUGAUCAACAGCCUGAAGCGCAGCCGUGCGUGUAGUGUGGGAGCUGUUCCUGGUGUCACAAAAUUCAUGCAGGAGGUCUACUUAGACAAGUUCAUCAGGCUGUUAGAUGCUCCAGGCAUUGUCCCAGGACCCAAUUCAGAGGUGGGCACCAUCCUGCGUAAUUGCGUCCAUGUGCAGAAGUUGGCAGACCCGGUGACCCCGGUGGAGACCAUCCUUCAGCGCUGCAACCUGGAGGAGAUUUCCAACUACUAUGGUGUCUCUGGAUUCCAGACUACUGAGCACUUUUUGACUGCAGUGGCCCACCGCUUGGGAAAGAAGAAGAAGGGAGGUGUAUAUAGUCAAGAGCAGGCUGCCAAAGCUGUCCUGGCUGACUGGGUGAGUGGGAAGAUCAGCUUCUAUACCCCACCACCACCUACUCACACUCUGCCCACCCAUCUCAGUGCCGAGAUUGUUAAGGAGAUGACUGAGGUCUUUGAUAUCGAAGAUACUGAGCAGGCCAAUGAAGACACCAUGGAAUGCUUGGCCGUGGGAGAAUCCGAUGAGCUUUUGGGUGACAUGGACCCACAAGAAAUGGAGGUCAAGUGGCUCCAUUCUCCGCUGGUGAAAAUAGCAAAUGCCAUUGAAGAUAAAACCACCGUAUAUAAGAUUGGAAACCUCACUGGGUAUUGUACCAAACCAAACCGUCAACAGAUGGGGUGGCCUAAACGCAAUGUGGACCACCAUUGCCCCCAAAACAAUCGCAUAGUGGAAGUCAGUUCAGUGGAUCGCCGCCCAAUGUUGCAGAGGAUCCUGGAGACAGACCCACUUCAACAAGGCCAGGCUCUGGCAUCUGCCUUGAAGAAUAAGAAAAAAAUGCAGAAGCGUUCAGAUAAAAUCGCCAAUAAGUUGUCGGAUUCCAUGAUGUCGAUCCUCGACCUCUCUGGCAACAGCGACGACACUGCUGGAGACUGAUGAGCUGAUCUUCCCCUCACACUGCAAACACUGUUUCCUACGGGAUGGGAGACUACAGGUGUCGUUCCAUUCUCCCUGAUGUACCUACAUAGUAGAAGAACACCUCCCACACCAUGUAUCUUGUGCCACAGUGCCCUCCAUUCUCCUCAGUUAAGAGUCUUAAAGGUCUGGAACUGCCAAUCCCCAAUACCCGCUAUUUAAUUCUUGCUGUCUUGGAAAAUGACUUUUUGUUUGUUUUUGUGGUGCCAAGGAUUGAACCUAAUAGGUUGUCACACAUGUUAGACAAACAAUCUAUUGCCAAGCUGUAUUAUUAUUAUCAUUAUCACCAUCUCUUAUUGUCAUUGGAGAAAGAGCCUUGCUUUGGAUCCCACUUUGCUUACUCAGCCUCCAUUCUGAGUAGUGGAUUACGUGCUUCUGUCACCACUCCCAGCUCCCACUGUGUUUUACAAGAUAAAAUAUCAGCAGAGUCUUGGCAUGGUAGUUACAUACCUGAAAUCCUGACACUUGGGAGACUGGAACUUGGAGAAUUGCAAGUUACAGGACAGCCCGGACUAUCUGGCAAGACCCUUUCUCAAUAAAACAAACAACCCAAAACAAGUAAGAGUCCAGGCAGUGGUGGUCCGUGCCUUUAAUCCCAGCACUCAGGAGGCAGAGGC